AUGGCUCCAUACGAAGCGCUCUAUGGACGGAAAUCCAGAUCACCACUAUAUUGGGAUGAAGUUGGGGAAAGACAAUUAGUAGGACCGGAGAUAAUCCAGGAUACGAAAGACAAGAUUACCCUAAUUCGAAAGCGGAUGCUGGCCGCACAAAGUCGCCAAAAGAGUUAUGCUGAUUCACGACAACGCAAGCUAGAAUUCGAAGUCAGUGAUCAGGUAUUUCUGAAGGUAUCACCAAUGAAGGGAGUAAUGACGUUCGGUAAAAAGGGAAAGCUAAGUCCGAGGUAUGUUGGUCCCUUUUUAGUGACGGAGGUCGUAGGUUCGGUCGCCUAUAGAGCCGAAUUACCAUCUAACCUAGCCAGUGUACACGACGUAUUCCACGUUUCCAUGCUACGAAAAUACGUGCACCCGUUACACGUAAUCGACUUUGAACCCUUACAAGUUCAAGCAGAUUUGAAAUAUGAAGAGAAGCCGGUGCAGAUCUUGGAUCGGAAAGUGCAACAACUGAGGACAAAGACAAUACCACUAGUAAAAGUUCUAUGGCAGAACCAUGAAGUAGAAGAGGCUUCUUGGGAGUUAGAACAAGAGAUAAGGAGCAAAUACCCGUACCUAUUCCCGUGA